CAGACCACCGCAGCCUAUAAACCACCUUCCGUCGCCAGCUCCUAGAAACCCCUCCUGCCCAAAAACCCUAGCAGCCACUAGGGUUUCUCCGCUCCCACCCGGCCUCCUCCCUCUCUCCUCCGAUGGGCAAGUCAAGCAAGAAGGCGGCCGCCGUGGCUGCGGCGCCAGCGGCGGUGCCCAAGGGGAAGAAACGGGAGGCGGAGGAAGAGAUCGAGAAGGCCGUGAGCGCGAAGAAGCAGAAGGCGGCGCCACCGGCGAAGGCCGUGCCGACGUCCAAGAAGGACGCCAAGAAGUCCAAGAAGCAGCCUCCCCCCAAGAAGGCUGAGAGCAGCAGCAGUGACUCUGAAGAGGACUCCGAGUCCGAAGAGGAGGUUAAGAAGGUACAGCCAAAGAAGGCGCCUGCUCCCAAGAUUGCUAAACAAGAGUCCAGUGAUGAUGACACCAGCGAUGAGACCUCUGAAUCUGAUGAGGAACCUGCAAAGAAGCCUGCUGCUAAACCCUUGGCUGCAGUUGCGAAAAAUGGUUCGAAGACAGUCAAGCAAGAGAGCAGCAGCGAUGAGGACAGUUCUGAAGAUGAGUCGGAUGACGACAGUGAUGAUGAACCUGCAAAGAAGGCUGCUGCUAAACCCUUGGGUGCCGUUGCUAAAAAUGGUUUGAAGAAAGGCAAGCAAGAAAGCAGCAGCGAUGGGAGCAGUUCUGAUGAUGAGUCAGACGAUGAUGUUAAACCUGCUGCCCCACUAAAGAAAACAUCUGUGGCUGUUGCACAAAAGAAAAAGGGAGAUUCUUCUGAGAGUGACUCUGAUGAUGACUCAGAUGAGGAAGUGCCUCCAAAGUCAAAGGCUCCAGCAGCAACUAUCAAAAAGGAAGAUUCCAGUGAAAGUGAGUCAGAGAGUGAUUCUGAGGUUGAGGAUGCAAGUAAAACUCAGCCUGCUAAGAGAGCUGCUUCAAAAAUGAAAGAUGAAUCAAGUGAUGACUCAGACACUGAUGAGGAUGAAGAACCUCCUCAAAAGAAGCAGAAGGAAGCACUUUCAGCUGCAAAAAAAGAAAGCAGCAGUGAGGAUGAAGAUGACAGUAGUGAGGAAAGUUCGGAUGAUGAGCCAACAAAAGUUGAAGAAAAGAAGGCUCCAAAAGUAUCAGAAAACAGUGGAUCGGAGGAUGAAUCUUCUGAAGACGAGAGUGAUAAAGACAGUGAAGAGCCUGCUAAUACUCCAAAGAAGGCUGCUGUGCACGCCUCUGAAAAGAAAACUGCUACCAAAGAACCUAAGACGCCUACUGGCUCCCAAAGUGAAUCAACGGAGGUGAAUACACUUUUUAUGGGAAAUGUCCCCUGGAAAGCUGAAUUUGAUGAUGUGAAAGAAUUUUUUGAGGACGUUGGUGAGGUUGUUGAUGUUCGUUUUCCUACACAUGAUGAUGGCAAUCGUAAAGGAUUUUGCUAUGUUGAAUUUGUUUCAGCUGAAGCUGCUGCAAAGGCAUAUAAAGAGAAGCAAUCAAAGGAGCUGCAUGGUCGUGAAGUAAGACUUGACUUCGCUAAAGGAAGAAGUACACAAACUCCUCGCAGCGGCAAUGAUGGAUCUUUCCAGAAGGCUGCUCGGGGUAACAGCAGCUCAAUAUUUAUCCGGGGCUUUGAUAAAAAUCUUUCAGAGGAUGAGAUCCGGAGCUCUCUCGAACAACAUUUUAGUGAUUGUGGUGAGAUGACAAGGGUCUCUAUCCCGACUGAUCAUGAAUCUGGUGCAAUAAAAGGAAUGGCUUACAUAGACUUCAAGGAUCAGGACUCUGUGUCUAAAGCCCUUGAGCUCAGUGGCUCUGACAUUGGUGGUGGCUAUGAGCUUUAUGUUGAUGAAGCCAAACCAAGAGGCGAUGGCCAGCGUGGUGGUGGUAGAUCUGGUGGCCGUUCUGGUGGGAGAUUUGGUGACCGUUCUGGUGGCCGGCGUGGUGGUGGUAGAUUUGGUGAAAGAUCUGGGGGCAGGGAUGGUGGCGGCAGAUUCGGUGGCCGACGUGGUGGUAGGGAUGGCGGCCGAGGACGUGGUGGCCGUGGCUUUGGUAACAAGCACAGCGCUGGCACUCCCAGUGCAGGUACAACUCAUCCUGUAAUUGUGAAGUUCACUGCAUUUUGGUUUGAGCAAAAAAAUUGCCGCCCUGUGGUUUCUGGCUUCAAAAAGCUUGAGGUCACUGCUGUACUACCUCUUAUUUGCACAGGAAAGAAGACUACUUUUGGUGAUGAUUGAUGAUGAACGCGGAGGAUGCGGCAAAAGGAUCCAAUGAAAUUGUGUUUUUUUGGUCUUGUUGUGGUACCGUAACUGGAAUUUGGUAUUUUUUGUCUACUAUUUACUGUAGUGGUUUCUGGAUUUUCCUUGUGUUGCCUAUGCUGCAAUACACCGUUUUGUUGUUGCGAUACAUCUGUAGUUUGGUUUUGUUAUCCACCUGUCGUUUAUAAGAAGCGGCUGUACUCAGGCUACUAUGCCGAACUGAAAUGGGAAUGGAGCAAAACGAAAUCUUAGUUCUGAA